AUGGAGGGGGAGCGCGCGGCCUUUAAAGCGAAAGCUGCACAACGCACCCGGCACGCCCAGGCGGUGGCUUCACUGGGAUGGGGGCCUCGGCUGGUCGAGCGGCUCUUCACUGACAGAUCGGAGUACACUACAUGGCGGGUCCACCGCGCUGCGCGACGCUUCGUACGAGCAGCUGUUCCCUUUACUUUCAUGUGUAUCCUCAUGACGAGCUUGUACUUUCUGGACGGCAACAUGAUGCCAACAAGAUAUUUGUUGUCGUGCAGCGUCACGGCAGCGCAGUUCUUGGUAACACUCCAGAUUGCACGGAGAUGGAUCUAUGGCACGUCUAGGAGCAUCUUCAUCCAGCUGGCCCUCUUCACGUUUCAGGAGAUAUUGCUCGCAGCAACUGCCGCUUCCAUGGUUUCAGACUCGUCGCCGCACUUGUAUUACAUGAGCACGGCUUUGCCAUGGCUCUUUCUUUUCGCCGUUCUCGGCCACAUGCAGAUAGGUUGGCUCUUGGCAGUGGUGUGUCCCGUGCACUUCGGCUGCUGGCUGGCGUUCCACUCUGCUUGCACGGGUCUCUCUGCGCACUGCGUGGCCCUGGGCAUCAUCCAAUGUGCAGGUGCCGUCGUCACGCACCUUGCCAUGGAAGACGGCGAGCUCGAGUACUUCCGGGCCCUGUCGGCCCUGGCAAGCGAGCAGCAGCACAUGGAGUCGAUGCACACGGCUUUUCGAGGCAUGGUGUCCAGCCUUUUCGAUGCCUCCUGUAUCUGUACUGAGGAUGGGCAAGUCCAUUGCUGGUCCCAGUCGGCUCCGCAGAACGCUGAGCUCGACUGGGCUACAGCGUCUCUGGUCUCGGCCGAUAACCUCCUCGAUUUGACUUCCUCUGUGACAGAGUCGAUGCAGAUCUCGGAUUUCCUCCAGAAACUGAGCGUGAAAGCCCUGGCAUCAGCGGAGAGGGCGGGCAGCGUCUCCAUCAGGCUCAAGAGAAGCACGGUCGAGGUCCAGCUCUUUGGCUUCAAAGUGCCGGCGAGAUCCAGCCGCCUCAAGUCCACGCCGGACAUCGGCUCGGUAGAAGGGCGGCUCCUCAUCGGAGUGAAGCUGACAGCAGCCUUGGAGAGCCGCACCUCCUCCAAGGGACGUGCGAGUUUGGACUCACCGAAAAACAGCUCUAGGAAAUCACUGGACAUCUCCCGCGGCAUGGGGCGCCAAGUGUCGGGACCUCCUGCUCCGGUCGGAGGUGGCAUUGGCCGCCAAGUCACGCCUUUACCGCCGGCAGAUACCGAGGUUCAGGCAGCCCUCGCGAGCUCGCCACAAAAAACGCUUCGGCUGUCCCCGUCCUUCCUUGAUGCGAUGGCCGACGAUGAGCUCGAGGAGACAGUUCCCAUCAGGAGCAAUUCCAAAUCCAAGAGCUCGCAUGGCGAAUCAAGCUCGAGCAAGGUUCUCCUGAGGACGAGAUCCGAUACGGACGGGCUGGCCGAUGAUGAGCAGGGACGGGCGUCACCUAAGAGGACAGCCCAGCGCGCAGGUGGCGUCGCAAGCCGACUUCACCAGCGGGCAAAGGUUCAUGGGAUGAAGCUUUUGAAGAUGGACUGUGAUAAGGUUGUCGCAGAGACGACCGAAACCUUCGUCGAUGCCGCGGAGAAGUACGAUGUGCUGGAGCAGAUUGGCAGAGGAAGCGCAGCGGUUGUGAAGAAGGCUGUGCGGAAGCAGGACGGCCUCGUCGUUGCACUCAAGAUUGCUGGCUCCAAGGACACCUUUGCCUUGGCCGAGGGGGAAUAUCGGAUGCUGCAGUCCAUUAAGCACCCGCACAUCAUUCGCGCGCUGGACUUUUUCACCACGUCCGUCAGCGCAAUCAUGGUCUUGGAGUAUUUUGAAGGCGGCAGCUUAGAGGAGGCUGUGCCCAAGCUCGCUGGCUCGCGCCUGCCGGAGCUGAAGGCGCGCCAGUUGUUUAAAGCGCUGCUCUCGGCUGUGUGCUACUUGCAUCUUCGACGGAUCAUCCACCGCGAUGUGAAGCCGUCAAACGUGGUUGUUUCCGCCGACUUGUCGGAUCUGCGACUCUUAGAUUUCAACGUCGCGAAGCGCCUGACAGAAGGAGGAGCCUUGACGCUGACUGGGACGCGGCUGUACUGUGCACCUGAAGUGCUGGACGGCGAGCCACCCAAUGAAGCCAAUGACGUGUGGGGCUGUGGGCUUUGCGUCUACUUUAUGCUCGCCGGUCGGCUGCCGUGGAAGUUUCUCCCGACUGAGAACCGCAAUGAGAACAUCUACACGACUCCUCCAGCACUUCGGGUCACAAGCUCCAAGUGCCUUCCUCUGUCAGAGCCAUGCAAGUCAGUUCUGCGGCAAUGUUUGACUGUCGACCCCGUUUGGAGACCGGCAGCGACGACCAUCAUGCUGCAUGAGUGGUUUUGGAUUCGAUGUGAGGAACCUCAAGCUGGGCCACCACUGCGGGGGACAUCCUGA